AAAGGAGCACCUUAUAUCAAUCAUUGACAGUAUUGUUGUAUUUAUUAUCAGAUUGAAAAGAUUUAACAUUAAAUAACGAAAAUGUCGGUGAAACUUGACGCGUUAGCUAUGCGUGUUUAUUAUGUGGUAAAGGAGGGUAUGCCAUUAAUACUUUCUGCUUUGUUGAGUGACAAGACACCAGAGGAAAUUGAUUUUAUCAUCAAUCAGAAAGUGCUAGAUGAUGAUGGGCAAAAAAAUACCCCCUUAAUUUGUGCUGCACGUUAUGGACAUGAAAAAAUUGUUAAGAUGCUGAUCGAUAAAUAUAAACCAGAUUUGGAGGUAGAAGGAACUGUAAAGUUUGAUGGAUUAACUGUUAAAAGUGCUACCGCCCUUUGGUGUGCUGCUGGUGCUGGCCAUUUAAAUGUUGUAAAAAUACUUGUGAAAGCUGGAGCAAAUGUGAAUCAUCCUACAAGCACUGAUUCUACCCCUUUAAGAGCUGCGUGCUUUUAUGGAAGACUUGAUAUCGUGAGUUACUUAACGAAACAUAAUGCAGAUAUUCACAAAACCAACAAAUAUAAUAAUUCAUGUCUUAUGAUUGCUGCUCAUAAAGGACAUUUAAAUAUAGUAACUUUUUUACUGGAAAAUGGUGCCAACCCCAAUGAAAAGGCGCACGAUGGUGAAACAGCCCUUCAUUUUGCAGCAGAAUGGGGUCAUUGUAAAAUAGUUAAAGAGUUAUUGAAAUUUGGAGCCACAAUAACAAAGAAUGAUGAUGGAUUAACUCCUUUGAUGGCAGCUGCAGAACGUGUUCAACGUGAUGUUGUUCAAUGUUUAAUAGAAACAACUGAUUUAUUUACCAAAGAAGAAAUUAUCGAUGCCUAUGAACUACUCGGAGCAUCUUAUGCUAAUGACAAAGAUAAUUAUUGCCCGGCAUUAGCAUAUCUUUAUCUUCAUAUGGGAAUGGAAUUGAGGUUUAGCGAUCCUGCUAACAUAAUUCAUAAAAAACCUCAUCCACCUAUUCCUGCUUAUGAAAACUGGAAAGAAAGUGAAACAAUGGAAAGGUUAGAGAGCCUUAAAUGGAGUUUCAAUGCUAUUCAUAUGGAAUCUCUAACCAUUCGAGAAAGAAUACUUGGAAUUCAUAAUUUAGAACUUACUCAUCCAAUAAUAUACAGAGGUGCUGUUCUUGCCGAUAACGCAAGAUUUGACAGAUGCAUUGAUUUAUGGCUUCAUGCAUUGCAAUUAAAACAGAUAAACAAUGUUGCUGUGGUGAAAGAUCUUCUUAGAUUUGCACAGGUAUUUUCUCAAAUGAUUCAUGUAGGAGGAGAUCUCCAACUAAUUCAAGUUAUAAGUGUGUUGGAAUCAAUCGUUACAGAAUUAGCAAAAAAUAAAUUGAGGAUAAAUAAUUGCACAUCGUCAGAAGAAAUGGAACAAUUUAUGGAAGAAAUGGAGUCAAAUAUUACGACUACACUUUAUAUUCUAACUAUCCUUGUAAAGUUGAUUACAUUGAAUAAAAAGACUUGUAAAGAAGCAGAAAUUGAAAACGCUUAUCAAUUAGUAUAUAAAUUAUGUGCCUUAAAAGUAACUUUACGAGAUGGACAAACUUUUUUACAUCUCGCUGUUAAUUCAAAAACUCCUGUCGAUGAUUUCCAUACUAAAGACGUUUGCAAGUUUCCAUGUUAUUCUACAGCAAAGUUGUUGAUCCGGUGUGGAGCUGACGUAAAUGCGAUGGAUGUUGACAGAAAUACUCCUCUUCACGUGAUUGUUACCUACGCGAAGCCUAUAAAUGAUUUUAUGACGUUGAACGGAAUUAUUGUUGAAUUGAUUGAGGCUGGAGCUCAUAUUGAUAUUGUUAAUUCUCAAGGGAAAACUCCAUAUGAUGCUGCAACGACGGGUGUUGCUGAAAUCAUUCUUCGAACGCAAACAACGUUAUCUUUAAAGUGUAUGGCGGCGAAAGCUGUAAAAACGUAUGGACUAUCAUAUGCUGGGAGUGUUCCCAAGUCACUUGAGAGUUUUAUUGAACUUCACGGUUCUGGUCUUCAGCAAGGCUAAUAGAACAGAAUUUAUUAUUUUAACUAAUAAUCAAAAAGAUAUAUUUAAAAAAAAAAAUAACUUUUGUUAAUUUUUCUAUACUCAAAAUGUAAUCUUGUAAAUAUAUGUAUAAUAAAUAUUGUUAACAAAAUAUUUAUA